AUGGCAUCCAAUCAUCCACCAUCUCGUGAUGAUAUCGAAACCAAGUCCUCAGCCAUCGACCAACUUACGUUGAACGAGGACACACAUGACUAUGCAUUGGGUCAACUCGAUGACCGGUAUAUCGCUACUAAAUGGGAAAUCUGGGCUUAUUAUGCGUGCGUUGUCCGCAAACAUGCAGCAGGCGAUGCAAAUGGACUUCUCUUCGCGGGAAAGUUUAGAUCCACCGAAAGCAUAGUGCUACUAUGUAACGGAAUUUCAUUCGCCAUCCAGAUCGUCAUCUUCCUCGUAAUAGGAAGUUUCGCGGAUUUUGGAAACUGGCGACCAAAUAUCCUCAUCGUGCUCUCGAUCAUUGCCUAUGCGCUGGGCUUCGCCUGGCUGGGCGUCCAUACGGCGGAUAAAUGGCAAGUGGGCGUGGGCCUCUAUAUCGUUGGCCUCAUUUCCUAUCAGACCACUCUUACUUUCUGGACUGCUGCUUUCCCGUCGCUUGCGCGAAACACGGCUGAAAUGAGACAAAAGUCCGAUGAUUACGCCAGUGGUGGUAUCUCGCGCGAAGAGUAUGAUUUUGCUGAUACGAUGAAAAGGAGUCAGCUUGCGAACACUGCUUUUUACAUUCAGUCUGUUUCCGAGAUUGUUAUUCUUGCCAUUAUUGUUGGUAUCAUGUUUGGUGUUGAUGUCAAUGCCAGUGAUGCGAAAAACAACUGGGGCCUCAGUGUCCUCAUUGCCUUUGCGAGUGGUGUCUGGCUGCUUGUUUCACUGCCGUGGUUUUUCUUGGAGAAACGGCGGCCGGGCCAGGACCCUGGAUCUCGAAAUAUUGUCCUGGCAGGCUUAUCACAGUUAUUCUAUACAAUGCGUCAAAUAUGGAAGCUCAAACAGAGUUUGCUUUAUCUUGUCGGUAAGAAGGAGCCCCUUAUAUUAAUACAAUAG